AUGCCGGCACCGACAGCCAUGCUCAAGCAGCCGCUUGAGAAUACUACCCCUCCAUCCAAUGUCCCGCUUCCCGAGCCCGACCAAGACGAAGAGUUCGCCCUCGAGGGCAUAAACACCUUGCCAGAGGACACGAGCGCAAUACAACCAGCCGCGAUAGCUGAUGGCGAGGAGAUGGAAGUAGACGAGGAGUCAAAGCCGAGAUUUGCGCCCACCCAGAACGUCGAUGCCGCAACACAUAUCCAAUCCCGCAAAGUCCUGAUCCCGCCCAACCGCUUCACGCCGCUGAAGAACUCGUGGCCGAAGAUCUAUCCGCCGCUAGUCGAGCAUCUUCAACUACAGGUGCGAAUGAACGUCAAGCACAAACGUGUCGAGUUACGAACGUCGAAACUCACGACGGAUCCGGGCGCGCUCCAGAAGGGGGCCGACUUCAUCCAAGCCUUUGCCCUCGGCUUCGACCUCGACGAUGCGAUUGCUUUGCUUCGGUUGGAUGAUUUGUUUAUCCAGUCCUUCGAUGUGAAGGAUGUAAAGAACUUGACUGGGGACCAUUUGGCUCGCGCGAUUGGUCGAGUUGCUGGUCACCAGGGGAAGACGAAGUUCGCCAUCGAGAACACGAGCAAGACACGUAUCGUAUUGGCCGACUCGAGAAUACACAUCCUUGGUGCAUUCAAAAACAUCGGCAUAGCUCGAGAAACUGUUGUGUCGCUCAUCCUCGGUGCUCCUCCUGGAAAGGUAUACAACAACCUCCGGACGAUAUCCUCGAGAAUGAAGGAGAGAUUCUAG